GGUUUGAUCCCGUGGUGGAGAAGACGUGGAGCUGCUGGGACACCCGUGAGUCACGACAGGGCCGGCCGUGGUGUGGGGCCAACGCCCCUUUGGCUGUGGCGUGACUGGUGUCGGUGGUGGGCUGAAGGGACUGGACUGGACCUGAGGAUGGACGGGAGCCGGGAUUGCUUCCCUACGCUUGCGGGGUUUAAGAUAAAAGUUGUUGGGCCUGUGCUUCCCCCACACGCUUAGUUCUCAAGCCAUCACUGACUCUCAUUUCUGUGACUCAAGUCCUGGAAAAGAAGAAAAAAAAGAAAGAGAUGCUGGAAUGGAACAGAGUCACAAUGUAAAGAAAAUGGUACAGAUAUUAAGGUUCUCUUAAUUUAUUGUCAUAUAAAUUUAUUGUCGUAUAAAUGGAACAGCCAGUGCUCACAGGUACUAAGUGUGCUGUGUGCCAAUAUAACCGUCACCAAAGCUUUAGAUUCCAACUAAGUUAGUUGGCUUUUGGUUACUUUUUUUUCCUAUAAAAAAAAAAAAGGACUCCGAAUUUACUAAAGACUAAUGUACUCAUAUAAAAUCGUUUUGCCAUGUUAGAAGACGAGUUUUGGGAAGAAGACAUCUGGAAAUACAAAUCUAAAAGAAAACCAAAACCAGCACAUCCAAUUAAUUGUUCUCAAAAUAUUUCAGAAUCUGUUGGAAGAACAACAGAUGGAAAACGGAAAGGAAACAAAAAAAGAAACGAGGAAGAUAAAGACAAGACCAAGGACCACAGAGUAUGCCUCGGAGAAGCGGACAGUCAGUCUUCUGUAGGUUCCAGUCAGAAUUUAAGUGGUAGAGAUGAGGUUCAGGAGUCUCAAAGCAAAGAGACUACCCCAAGAAAGCCCUGUAGAACUCACAAAAACAAACAGCUGUCCCCCAGGGUCCGCCCAGUUUAUGAUGGACACUGCCCAAGCUGCCAGAUGCCCUUCUCAUCACUGCUGGGUCAGACACCGCGAUGGCACGUUUUCGAGUGUCUGGAUUCUCCCCCAAUCUCUGACACAGAGUGUCCCGAGGGUCUUCUGUGUACCUCCACAAUUCCUUCUCAUUAUAAGAAAUACACUCACCUCCUGCUAGCUCAAAGUAGGGCCAGCAAUGAGCCUUCCAGCAGCCCCUCACACAUGCCCGCUGGACGUUUUACUGAGGCAAAGCCAGCCUCUUCUUGUAACCUUGAAGAAAGAUGGCCUGUGCAUCUGAAAGCUGAGAACUUAAGAGUUCUAGAUGAUUCUAUGUUGAUACAGUGUCUAAAAACAUCUGCACUUCCACCUGAAACCAACAGAAAGAAUCCCCCUUCCACAAAUUCUCAAAUGUCUCUAGUUCCACAAUGUACAGAGCCUGUUAAGAAGGACAAGCUUGUGGGAGGUGGUUUGCCUCUCCCUGAGGAUGCGUUAAGCAGUCAAAGCGCCUCACAGGGUACGAACUUGCCAUCGCCAGAAAGUGACUGUGGUGGCUGUGAGAUCUCCUAUUCGCCAUUGCAGAGUGAUGAGGAGACUUACGACUUAGACCAAGAGCUGGACGAUUCACAGCAGGAACUGUUUUGUACCCAAAGCUCUAAAGACAGCAGCCUAGAAGACGAUGGUUCUCCCAUAUUUGAAAAUUUUCAUGAUCCCUUCCCGAGGGAACCGGAGGGAGUCUUCCCGACGGCGGAAAGCCUGGUAACUCGGGCUGAUUGCAACAGAUUGUGUAAAGGCAGCGUGCUGAGUGAUUCGUUUCAGCUUCUCUCCCAAACUGAGAGCAGACUUUCCCAAGAUGACCCACCGAGCCCAGACGCUGGCUUUCUCCUGUUCUCACCUGCAUCGGCAGCAGGGCCUGCUGCUUCUAAUUAUCAAGCCACUAAAGCAAAACCUGGGGAGCCAGAGGAAUCCCGCUCACUUGGAUCGAGUCAUCAGAAAGGGAAAAUGGCAACAUCAGCUGUUGGCAGUCAGAUUCCCCUGCCGUUACGUGCAAGUGCUAUGUCGAAGCCAAUGGAAAAGGAGGGAGGAGAGCACCAGCCUUUGCACCCAACCCAAAGUCAGAUUGGGGGAUUACGGAGAGAGAGCUUGGGUGCUACCAUUGCUAACUCCGCCUGUGCCUGCAGAAAGGUAGAAAAGCCGUCUAUUGCGGUUCUUGCCAAAUCUUUGAGCCCAUUGCCUUCCAGUCCCAAGUGCAGUGCAAGUCAGCCUUCUAAGAAAGUAAUGAAGCAAAUGGAUAUAGGUGUGGUUUUUGGACUACCCCCCAAAAGACAAGAGCCGUCACUGAGGGAAAGUGUUUCAGGAGAGCCGAAUGUCAAUCCAGUUGCUAGUCCUAACAAGAAGAGGCCCCGGCCAUGCAAGAGGAAAGCAGAGAACUCCCUAAGUGACUCAGAAUUGCACUCAGGGGAUUUAAAUGAGAGUCAGCACUCUAUGGAACAGCCAGGAGAGAGGGCCCAACGUCGAAGAAAGAGACAUAAAAAGUCAGAUUCACCACAGCAGAGGUCUGGCCACCCCAUAAACAAUCCAGAGCUGGGAACAGUCAGUUUAAAUAAGAGCAGAGCCUUCGGAAGGAGGACUCAUGGCAGGCCACAGAGAGGGAGCACUGGCACCUCGAAGUGGUCCGGGAGCAGGGAAUUGAGAAGAGCAUGUCCCUUCUAUAAGAGAAUCCCCGGAACUGGUUUUACUGUGGAUGCUUUUCAGUAUGGCGAGGUCGAGGGCUGCACUGCCUACUUCCUCACACACUUCCAUUCAGACCACUAUGCCGGCUUGUCUAAGGACUUCGAGCGGCCAAUUUACUGUAGUGAGAUAACUGGCAAUUUGGUGAAGAAGAAGCUUCGUGUGCAAGAACAAUACAUCCAUCAGUUGCCGAUGGACACUGAGUGCAUAGUGGAUGGUGUCAAAGUUGUUCUGCUGGAUGCCAAUCACUGUCCAGGUGCUUCCAUGAUCCUUUUCCGUCCUCCUAACGGCGCCGCCAUACUGCACACUGGAGACUUCCGAGCCGACCCCAGCAUGGAGCGCUCCCUUCUCGCAGGCCAGAAAGUCCACACGCUCUACUUAGACACCACGUACUGCAGCCCAGAGUAUACCUUCCCAUCCCAACAGGAGGUUAUCCAGUUCGCCAUCAACACUGCUUUUGAGGCUGUAACUCUAAACCCACGCGCUCUUGUUGUCUGUGGCACUUACUGUAUUGGAAAGGAGAAAGUCUUCCUAGCCAUUGCUGAUGUUUUGGGUUCAAAGGUGGGCAUGUCCCAAGAAAAAUAUAAAACUUUGAAGUGCCUCAAUCUACCAGACGUCAAUUCCCUCAUCACUACAGAUAUGUGCAGUUCCUUGGUUCACCUCCUCCCAAUGAUGCAAAUUAAUUUUAAGGGCUUGCAGAGUCAUUUGGAGAAAUGUGAUGGGAAAUAUGAUCAGAUUUUGGCUUUUCGACCUACGGGAUGGACACAUUCUAACCGCAUAACUAGCAUAGCGGACAUUACUCCCCAGAAGAAAGGAAAGAUAUCAAUAUAUGGAAUUCCCUACAGCGAACACAGCAGCUACCUAGAAAUGAAACGUUUUGUCCAGUGGCUGAAGCCACAGAAAAUCAUCCCCACCGUGAAUGUCGGCACCUUCAAGUCUCGGGACACAAUGGAGAAGUACUUCAAAGAGUGGAGACUGGAAGCUGGAUACUGAUGCUGUCACCAGAAGCAGCAGGAGGUACGGACGGCAGGUGUCAAUAGUUAGUCUAAACCAAAGGAACUGUAAGUUGUGAAAGACUCUCAGGACUGUGUUUUUCUCACUCACCUUUGAAUACUGUAUCCAUGCUACUAAAUGCCUCCCAGAAUCCUCAGGGACGGCUGGGAGGGGUCUUCCCAGGGCCUUUAAUUCUUCAUCCUUCCUCUGCGAGGCAAAAGUGAUCUGCAGCAACCUGAGGGGGAAAGGAAAAGGGUUCAUGGAAAUGGAUGCUAGCCCAGAAGCAUUGUCUAUGGGAUAGGAAAUAAAACUUUUAUAUGAUAGGCACUCUUAAAUAAAAAUCAAUAUAGAACUUACUACA